AUGCUUUUCAACAAGGGACUUUAUAUACAUUAAUACUGUGUAUCACAUCAUUCCAAUCCUGAUCCCAUCUAAAUUACUUUCCAUUUUGAAGAAUCCUUACCGAUUUGUCCACUAAUCAAGAUGCCAUCCCAAAAAAUUGAGUGGUUGUAAACCAAGUUGCCUUCAAUCAAAACUAGAAAUUCAAAGGCUGAAGCACAGACUGAAAGACAAAAAUAAAAUAAGAAGUCAUGUCAUACUAGAAUGGCAUCACAGGUUAAAUCCACUCCCACUUCUCCAUUUACCGUAAUUAUGAGAACUAAUAAUCUAUCCCCAAAUGAGUUAGAAAAUACUGCUAAAACUGUUCGUUAUUAGUAGUUCCAACAACAAUCAUAUUUAGUAAAUAAAUACUUAGCUCCGAGAAAGUUGGGAUUGCAUAGAGGAACCAAUCCACUAAAUUUUGGAUCAGAGAAAUGA